CAGAAACAUAUUGAUGUACUACAGUAGCUAUGGAUCGUGAUACUGAAAGCAAUAGAAGAAGGUCGCAUAGUGUUGUCUUCUUUAACAAUCAGAUGAAGGAACCAACUACUUUAAAAAGCUCAUCUUCUUCUGAGGACACAUGAGUUGUUAUGUCUUCAUAAUUGGUCUGCACCGUAGCUCAUAAAAAGGAAGGGACUUUGGUGAGGUCCUGAUCAAUAUUAGAUUGAACAACCAUAUGCGUUGAAGACCACGUUUACAACAGAGGUAAGAACAUCCUGACAAGAAAUUAGAUUUAAAUUAUCAAAAAAAAAAAGAAACUAGACUUAAACUUGAGAGGACAUAAUCUACCUAACUAGACUAAAACGUUUUCCGACCAUGCACGUGGGUUAUGUUCCUACGUUAAAUAGCAAACAUCUUAUUGCUUAUAACCUUAAACAGAAAUUCAACAUAGUUCUUAUGGCUUGUAGCCCAUUCUAUACGUUGAUACUUUUCACUUAUCUCGCUCAAAUCAUCAAGUAUAGUUUAGUUUUUCCAAAGUACACGAUGUUAAUCAAGUUUUGGUGAGAUAACAUGGCAGAUUCAGGAAAAUUCCCUCUACUUUCAUAUAGUAGAUUGGUUUCUAUUAGUGAUACAAAAAAUAUAUUGUAUAAUGGAAUACAGUUGGUUAAUAUGUUAUUAUAUAUGUAGUAUUGAUGAAUAUAAAUGCAAAAUAACUUAAUUUUUGAGUUUAAAUGUUUUUGUAAGAAUACUAGUUUUUUGUCAAUUGAUACAUUUAAAAGUACUCUAAAUUUAUUGAUAUUUCUUACACCAUCAUAUAUGUCAAUUUAUUUAGAAAGAAAUUUUUAUCAUUUAACAAAUACGGAAAUAUCACAUAUAAUGAGGUGGCGGAUUUUGUUACAUUGUACCAAGUGAAAUGAAAAUACUAUAGUCAAAUAAAUAUACAUUUCAUACCUUAUACAAUGGAAUAUAAAGAUAUUGCAAUAUCUCAAAUUGGAAAAAAAUAAUAUUUAAUCAUAGAAUAUAAUAUUUUAGAUUUGAUAUUACUCUUAGAUAACUCUUAAUAUUAAUUGUUGGUAUGUAAUAUUUUGAUAUAAAUAAAUGAAAGUUGCAAGGUAAACAUCGAUUCAUAUUUUCUUUUCCAAAUACCAAAAAACAUGGCAAAAAAAAGUAAAGGUCGCCAGAGGAUCACAAUGGCCAAGAUGGAAAAUGAGAGUAACCUUCAAGUUACUUUUUCGAAAAGAAGAUCCGGCCUUUUCAAAAAAGCUAGUGAGCUUAAUACACUUUGUGGUGCAGAUAUCGCCAUUGUUGUGUUCUCACCUGGUGGAAAAGUCUAUUCUUUUGGUCAUCCAAGUGUGGAGAUCGUGCUUAACCGGUUCAAAAAUAUCAACCAGCCAACUCUUAACCAAAACAACAACAUGCGACUUAAUGAAGCGCGUCCGAAUGAUGCCAUUCGGGUUAUGAACGACUUUCUUACUCAGGUGAUGAAUGAUUUGGAAUUAGCAAAAAAGAAAAAUGAAGAAUUAAAAAAAAUGAGAAAAAACUCGAAAAUGCCUGUGAAUUGGUGGGAAGAUCCCGUUGAAGAACUUGACUUAGCUCAUGCCAAAGAGUUUAAAAGUUUACUGGAAAAGUUGAAAAGUUAUGUUACAGAGGAGGCCUCCAAACAUUUCCAAGCAAUCUUUCCUCAGCCAAACUUCUAUGGCGGAAGUUCCAGUGGUGCUCCUUUUAGGGAUGGUGGUUAUAUCAGCCCUAAUUUGGACCCGAGUGAAAGAAGAAUGUUCAACAUGAAUGCAUACUACAACCAGAACAUGUAUCCUCCUAAUUAUCCAUUACCGUAUGGAAACAAUAAUUAUGCGGGAGGAUUUGUUCCAGAAUACAAUUUAAACUACAUGCAUGGGUUUAAUCAGUACCGGAACCAAAACCAAAAUCUGAGUUUUAAAGAAGAAGGCAUCUCCGAGAAUGAAUGCCAUCAAGAUGGCCCUCCUCCUCAUCUUUGAUCUGAUUGUGACUGAUCGUUUCUAUAUGAUCCAGUGGAGUAUCUAGACAAAAAAAUGUUUUAUCCUCAUUUCUUCUUAGUAUGUUGUGUUUUUCUCCUUUAUGUUGUAUUUUUCUCAGAUUUGGUGUCUUUUGUUUUCAAUAAAAACAGAUUUAUUUUUCUCAAAA